CGCCCUUCUCUGCCCCCUUGUUGACACCUCCUUUCAGGGCAUUUCUAGAGCUGCCUUCCUCAGGUCUUUGUUCCGGACCUUCCUCUGCAGCAGGUGACUCGGUGGUCUCUCUUGUGGCUGGGCCCAUGUCUGUUUGGGCAGUGGGUGGCUGUGGCACCGAGGGCCACACUUAGGCUCAGGCUGAGCACUCGGGUGUCUUUCACCCCUGGAGUCCAGCUGGGGGAUUUGCUUCCUCUCUGGAGGUUUGCCAGUGCACACAUUCUCGCUUGCUAACUGUUCUUCUCAGUGCCUGCGUGUGUUGCAGAUCUGCUCUUUCUUGUCCCUGGUGGUAGUAAAGGUGCCCUCUUUGACGGGGUUGGCCCCCUUGUUUGUGCAAAGAAUGUGAUAGGUCGAUUCUGAGAGCCUGGCCGCCCAGCGUGCCCUGAGUGAGCUGCGCUUGAGAGCUGGGUGUCUGACUCCGGCUCUCUGCUCGCCGGGCUGUAAGGAGGAGGCUUGCCAGCCAAGCAGCGUUUCCUGUGGGUGCUGGUUACAGGCUGCCUGAUGCAAAACAUAGCACAUUAUUCAGAUGGGUUUUUUUCUUGACCACUUUUAGUUCAUGGCUUUGACUGAGUGUUUAAAAAUAUUCUGCAACAUAUCUAUAGUAUUCAUGAGCAGUGAAUCAGAAGAAAUGCAGUUUCUGAGAAAGCUUCAAAGAAAUGCUGCCUUUAUCUCUUCUCCAGCCUUUUCCGCUGAAACCCACCAGUCUUUUUCUGGGCGUGCGUGUUCUAUAAAUAGAACAGCAGCUCUCCUUGGGUAGCCCACGAUCAGCUGUCAUCCGCUUUAUGAAAGAUGUGUGUGUGUGUGUGUGGUGGAUUGUGUUUUAAUUUUGCUUUUUUUAUGUGUGACAUGUGGAGCAGGAGACGCAAGGGAAAGCGCUCUAGCGUUUAUCCUUUAAGGAUAACUUAGAACUUUUCUGGGUCUGUGCUUGUUGGUUUUGUCUUUUUUUUUUUUUAAUUUGCAUUUGGGGAAGAGAUGGAAGCGGCUCCUUCCCCUGCAGAGACCGUCAUCAAGGAGGGGAUGCUGACCAAACAGAACAGUUCCUUCCAGAGGUCCAAAAGGAGGUACUUCAAGCUGCGAGGGCGAACGCUGUACUAUGCAAAGACCUCGAAGUCGAUCAUAUUCGAUGAGGUGGACCUGACAGAUGCCAGCGUGGCCGAAUCCAGCACCAAAAAUGUCAACAACAGCUUCACGGUCAUCACGCCGUGCAGGAAGCUCAUCCUGUGUGCAGAUAACAGGAAGGAGAUGGAAGACUGGAUUGCAGCCCUGAAGACCGUCCAGAGUCGGGAGCAUUUUGAGCCGACCCAGUACAGCAUGGACCACUUCUCAGGGACGCACAACUGGUACGCCUGCUCCCACGCGAGGCCGACCUACUGCAACGUGUGUCGCGAGGCUCUGUCUGGGGUCACGUCCCACGGACUGUCCUGUGAAGUGUGCAAGUUCAAGGCCCACAAACGGUGUGCUGUGCGCGCAACCAAUAACUGCAAGUGGACCACGCUGGCCUCCAUCGGGACGGACAUCAUCGAGGACGAGGACGGGAUCGCCAUGCCUCACCAGUGGCUGGAAGGAAACCUGCCUGUGAGUGCCAAGUGCACGGUGUGUGACAAGACCUGCGGCAGCGUGCUGCGCCUGCAGGACUGGCGCUGCCUGUGGUGCAAGGCCAUGGUGCACACAGCUUGUAAAGAAUCCUUAGUGACCAAGUGCCCGCUGGGCCUGUGCAAAGUGUCGGUCAUCCCCCCCACGGCUCUCAACAGCAUCGAUUCCGAUGGCUUCUGGAAGGCCACGUGUCCUCCGUCCUGCACCAGCCCCUUAUUGGUCUUCGUCAAUUCGAAAAGUGGGGACAACCAGGGCGUGAAGUUCCUCAGGAGGUUCAAACAGCUGCUGAACCCUGCCCAGGUCUUCGACCUCAUGAACGGGGGACCGCACCUCGGCUUACGCUUGUUCCAGAAGUUCGACACAUUCCGGAUCCUGGUGUGUGGUGGGGAUGGCAGUGUGGGCUGGGUCCUCUCUGAGAUCGACAGCCUGAACCUCCACAAGCAGUGUCAGCUGGGCGUGCUUCCCCUGGGCACAGGGAACGACCUGGCGCGUGUGUUAGGCUGGGGCUCGGCCUGUGACGACGACACUCAGCUCCCUCAGAUCCUGGAGAAGCUGGAGAGAGCCAGCACCAAGAUGCUGGACAGGUGGAGCGUCAUGGCCUACGAGACCAAGCUGCGCCGGCAGGCCUCCUCCUCCGCCACCGGCACGGGCACCGAGGACCUCAGCGAGGGCUCCGAGGUGCAGCAAAUUCUCUUCUAUGAAGACUCUGUUGCGGCCCACCUUUCUAAAAUCCUGACCUCCGACCAGCACUCGGUGGUGAUCUCAUCGGCCAAGGUGCUCUGUGAGACGGUGAAGGACUUCGUGGCUCGAGUGGGGAAGGCCUACGAGAAGACCACCGAGAGCUCAGAGGAGUCGGAGGUCAUGGCCAAGAAGUGCUCUGUCCUGAAAGAGAAGCUGGACUCUCUCCUCAAGACCUUGGAUGACGAGUCCCAGGCCUCGUCCUCUCUGUCCACCCCGCCGCCCACCAUCGCCGAGGAGGUGGAAGACGGGGACGGGCUGGGCAGCAGCUGCAGCUCGACCGUGGACCGCUCAGUGGGGUCGGCGUGCCCGGCGCGGCCGCAGAUAUUCCGGCCGCGGGAGCAGCUCAUGCUGCGGGCCAACAGCCUGAAGAAGGCGAUUCGCCAGAUCAUAGAGCACACCGAGAAAGCUGUCGAUGAGCAGAAUGCCCAGACCCAGGAGCAGGAGAGGAUUGUCUUAGGUCUCCCUGAGACGGAGGAGAAGAAGGACCUGAAGCCGGACGACAGGCUGUGCCACAGAGACAGCUGCGGGGCUGCCAAGCACAGGAGCCUCCGCAAAGUGUCCAAGUCCCCGUGUGAGAAGCUGAUAGGCAAAGGAAGCCUGUUACUGGGCAGUUCUGCCUCCCUCCCCACCCAGCCAGGAAACCGGGAUGGCCUGCCCGCGUUGAACACGAAGAUCCUGUUCCCGAGUGUUCGUGCCGGUUCCUUGCCUGGUGGCUCGGUCAUCAGCCGCUUGUUGAUAAACGCUGACCCCUUCAACUCUGAGCCGGAAAACCUGGAGUGUUACACGGAGAAGUGCGUCAUGAACAACUACUUCGGCAUCGGCCUGGACGCGAAGAUAUCCCUGGACUUCAACAACAAGCGGGACGAGCACCCCGAGAAGUGCAGGAGUCGGACCAAGAACAUGAUGUGGUAUGGGGUUCUCGGGACCAGAGAGCUGCUGCACAGAACCUACAAGAACCUGGAGCAGAAGGUCCUGCUGGAGUGUGACGGGCGGCCCAUCCCGCUCCCCAGUCUGCAGGGCAUUGCUGUCCUCAACAUUCCCAGCUACGCCGGAGGGACCAACUUCUGGGGGGGCACCAAGGAGGAUGACACUUUCGCAGCCCCGUCGUUCGAUGACAAGAUCUUGGAGGUGGUCGCCGUGUUCGGCAGCAUGCAGAUGGCUGUCUCCCGGGUCAUUAACCUGCAGCACCACCGGAUUGCCCAGUGUCGCACGGUGAAGAUCUCCAUCCUGGGGGACGAGGGUGUACCGGUGCAGGUGGACGGAGAGGCCUGGGUCCAGCCUCCAGGAUACAUCCGCAUCAUCCACAAGAACCGGGCACAGAUGCUCACCCGAGACCAGGAAUUUGAGAACACGCUGAAGUCCUGGGAGGACAAGCAGAAGUGCGAGUCGUCCCGCCCGCCAUCCUUCUCCCUGCACCCGGAGAUGCUGUCCGAGGAAGAGGCCACCCAGAUGGACCAGUUCGGGGAGGCGGCGGGGGCCCUCAUCCACAGCAUCCGGGAGAUCGCUCAGUCCCACCAGGACAUGGAGCAGGAGCUCGCCCACGCCGUCAACGCCAGCUCCAAGUCCCUGGACCAAGUGUACAGCAGGCCCAGAGCCGCGGAGGGGCUGACCUGCAGCUUUGUCCUGGAGAUGGUCAGUAACAUGAAGGCCCUGCGCAGUGAGACGGAGUUGCUGCUGGCUGGGAAGAUGGCCCUGCAGUUGGACCCCCCUCAGAAGGAGCGGCUCGGGGCUGCUCUCACCGAGAUGGACCAGCAGCUCAGGAAGCUGUCGGACACCCCCUGGCUGUGCCAGCUCAUGGAGCCCAGUGAUGAAGAGAACGUGACCUCGGAUCUGUCCAAACGCAGCCGCAGCGGGAAGUUCCGCCUGGUGACCAAGUUCAAGAAGGAGAAGAACAGCAGGAGCAGAGAUGCCCACGGCAGCCUGGGAGCGCCGGUGCACCUCUGGGGGACAGAGGAGGUGGCUGCCUGGCUGGAGCACCUCAGUCUCUGUGAGUAUAAGGACAUCUUCACACGGCACGACAUCCGGGGCUCUGAGCUCCUGCACCUGGAGCGGAGGGACCUCAAGGACCUCGGCGUGACCAAGGUGGGCCACGUGAAGAGGAUCCUGUGUGGCAUCAAGGAGCUGAGCCGCGGCCCCCCGGCCUCCGAGGCCUAGCCUCCACCCUCUCCGCCUGCGUCCUCCACGUGUGCCACUGAGGGCGUGAGCGUGCGGCCCGGGGCCUUCUCAUGGUGCUACUUCUCUGCCCCGUGCUCAGGACGCAGCUCCGGGGCCUGGGACUCACCAACACAGCUACCUUCGGACUCGCAGCUCCCCACCCGGCGGCGUGCGGGCGGCCCGGCUGGGCUGGCGCCGCUGUCCCGUGGACUCCCGUCUGUGUGCCCUGCCGUGGUGUGGCGUGUGGCUCCGUGUUCUGGCCGGCUCUCUGAGGGGUUGGGGCCCAGACCGCACCGUCCCUCCCCGGGCAGUUAGGAGCUCCCCGGCCACUCGUGGUUCUUCACAGCAGCCCCACUCGGGCUCCAUGGCUGUGCCACCAGCCCUGCCCGUUUCAGUCUGACAGGGGGGUGGGGGGGGCCCGCUCCUCCUGCGGCCGGUGAAGCAGCAGCCGCGCUCCU